GGAUUGAAGUAGGAAAAGGAUCCUUGGGAGAAUACCCUGAAAUGGGACUGGAAGGAGUGGGUGGAUGUGAAGAAGGGGGAGGCAUACCUGGUCCUGCAGUUCCCUCCAUGGCCAGUUCACCUCAGAUUCUGAAUGCGCACGGACCAACCCCACCACAUACUUCUGGUACCGGAAGGUAUUGAAGGCCACAGAUGAAAUCGAGGUAGAUGGGAAACCACUCUUACAUUUGAGUGCCUCUGUCCUUGUGAUCUGGUUAAUCAUCUGCAUCUCCAUGAUCAAAGGGCCAAAGUCCACUGGGAAGGUGAGCUACCCUCUGACUUACUAAUUCAGUGGACUUCCUUCUAUCUGAGAUCCCCUAAUAUUCUCCUAACUUGAUGCCUAUACAUCUCCAACUUCUCAUUCCCUCUAAUCUGACCUCCCUCUGAUUCCCAAUAGCCUUUGAUCUUAUUCUACAGACUUCUGCCUCUGCUGAACUUUCUUUGUGAAUCAUACUUCCUACUCAGAUGCUGUAUAUCUCAGUACUCCUUCCCUACAUCAUCCUUUUCUCUCUUCUUAUCCGGAGUCUCAUGAUGAAAGGCGCAUAUUUUGGCCUCAAGAAUUUGUUGGCUGCCAAGGUACCAGCCCUGUAUUCUAUGGAAGUGUGGCGCCGAACAGGAAACCAGCUGUUUUUGUCCUUGGGCCCCGGCUUUGGCAGCUUCACAGCAAUCAGCUCGUACAUCCCUCGGUCCAAUAACUGUAUCAUUGAUGCCUAUGCUGUGGCUUUUCUCAACUUGCUUGCCUCACUGACUACCACGGUGUUUGUAUUUGCUGUAAUGGGCCACUUGGUCACAGAUAGCAACGAAAAAUGUUACUUGAUGAAUGCCAAAAAAGUGAUGGAUCUGAUCAUUGCCCAGGUCCUGCCGCCUGAGGCCCACCCUCCAGACAGUCUAUACUAUGAUCCGAGCUCCAUCUACCCCAAGUGGCUCAACAACCUCCCUGAACACAUCAAAAACAGAAUCCUACCCAAUUUGACUGAAUGCGACUUAUCUAAGGAAUUGAAUAAGGUUAUGUUCGGUCCAGGUGUGGUCAUUGUGACCUUUAGUGAUAUCAUCUCUUUGUUUUCUGGACCCACCUUCUGGUCCAUCAUUACCUUCCUGUUGCUGGUGAACCUGGGGCUGAGCACUGUGAUAGGAAUCAUACAAGGCAUCAUCACCCCUCUCCAGGAUACUUUCUCCCUCAGGGAGCAUUCAAAACUGCUCACAGUGGGUGUCUGUGUGCCUAUGUUCCUGGGCAGCCUCCUUUUUGUGAGGCCCUCAGGCAGCUACUAUGUGAACCUGCUGGAUGACUACUGGGUAUCUCUGCCCCUUUUCUUCAUUGUCAUCUUGGAGACCAUUGCCAUGGCCUGGAUAUAUGGGGCCAGGAGUCAAAUGAGGUGACCCGAAUUUAUCCAUCAUGGGCUAAAGCCUUGCUUAUAUUCCUCGUCAUCAUCACCGUCCUGCCUGUCCCUGUCUACUUUUUCUACACCGUCAUCAUUCGGGUGGUUUCUCCUGUCUCCAUGAUCCACAAUACGGCCAUAAUAACCUUCCAACCUGAAGCUAAGGGGGACUCACCGAAGGCUGGUCCACGGCUUCAGGUGAGGCAAAAAAGACAAAAGAUUAUUAAAAUGGAUAAACCAAAAACAGAGGGAAAACUUUCUGCCCUGUGAAUAAUUCCUAUUGGAAAUAAAGACUUGGUUCAUUUGGCA